AUGGAUGGCCUAGACGACUUUGAAAAAUCUCUUGCCGCCGAACGGCUGGAGCGCGAAAAGGCAGAAAGGGCAGAACAGCAUCGAGACCGCCAUCAAGGCCAUCGCAAACACCGACAUCAUCAUCGACACAACGACCGCGACGAUAAAGAAAGAGACGGAGAGCACAGCCAUCACCGCCGUCGAGACCAUGAAGAUGACCACGGCCAUAGGCACAAGAGAAGUCGACACUCUCACGACCAAGCCGAUGACGCGCACCGGUCGAGACACAGGCACCAUGGCCACGGAAGCAGGGAACGCCAUUCGCAACGCCGGCCAGAGACGGGGCGGGAGUCAUCGAGUAACGGGGGCUCGUCCGAUGCUCCCGUGCGUGAUGCAUGGAUGACGGCGCCAUCGUCCAUCGAGGUCGAGCAUGUACACCGCGCAGAGAGAAGCAAGCCUCCAUCGCCGCCUCCGCAGCAACCGAAGCGAAUCAUCCACUCUCGCGAACUCAAUCAAACCAUCCACCAACUAGACCAACAAUCGUCACUGUCUGACAUGCAGCAACCCACCGCCGAGAGAAAAGUCGACUACGUAUUUGGCGACUCGGGCUCUUCAUGGCGCUUAACAAAGCUGCGGGGGGUGUACACCACUGCCGAAGCAAGUGGACGGCCAGUCGAAGACGUGGCGAUGGAGCGCUACGGCAGCUUACAAGACUUUGAUGACGCGCGAGAAGAGAAGGAAGAAAUGGAGCGGCGCAGGAUCUACGGUGAAGGGUACAAGGAGAAGGAAAGGCCCAUGGGAGACCUGUAUCGAGCUCGAGAACACGACAAGUCGAGGGCACAUGACGACUCUGCUGCCGCCGCGGAACCAGAUUCAGGCACUGUCAUACCCGAAGAACCGUCACGGAAUGCAGCCAUGGACCAAACAUCUCUUAACCGCCUCCGCGCCCAGAUGAUGAAGGCCAAGCUGCGCCGGGCCCCCAACGCCGCACAGCUGGAGGAGGAAUACAAUCGCGCCGCAGCUCUCGGCCCCCGGCCCAAUGCUCCCGAGGCCGUCGUCCUCGGCAUAAUGGACAACCGCCAGUUGGCCGGCACCAGAGGGGAGGUCAAGGCUGUCGACACCAAACGCGGCCGCGAGAGGGGUCUGGUGGAAGAAAACAACGACAUGUCCAUCGAGGACAUGGUCAGGGAAGAACGCCGCACCAAGAACCAGCUAGGUGGCGAAGGACUGCGUCUCGCAGAACGCAUUUCCAAGGACGCCAAGUACGACAACGACCUGGACUACAUGGAUGAGAAUGCAGAAAAGCUCGCCAAACGUGUGCACAAGAGCGAGAUCAACCUCAAGAACAUGGCCGUCAACGAGUUCCAAAAGAUGAACCGCAUCCUGGAGAGCUGCCCCCUGUGCCACCACGAAGACAAGGGCCGCCCGCCCCUGGCACCCGUCAUAUCCCUCGGCACGCGCGUCUUUGUGACCCUCACCACGGAGCCCGAGAUCAGUCCCGGCGGCGCCGUCAUCGUGCCCAUCACGCACCGCGGCAACCUUUUGGAAUGCGACGACGACGAGUGGGAGGAGAUUCGCAACUUCAUGAAGAGCCUCACGCGCAUGUACCACGACCAAGGGCGCGACGUCGUCUUUUACGAGAACGCCGCCGCGCCGCAUCGCCACAUGCACGCGGCCAUGGUUGCCGUCCCCAUUCCCUACCAAGAGGGCGCCACGGCGCCGGCAUACUUCAAAGAGGCCUUUCUCUCCAGCGACGAGGAGUGGUCGCAGCACAAAAAGGUGAUUGACACGGCGGCCAAGGCCCGUGACGGCAUGGGCAGAAUGGCCUUCAGGAGGAGCAUCGCCAAGGAGAUGCCCUACUUCCACGUCUGGUUCUCGCUGGACGGCGGGCUGGGGCACAUUGUCGAGAAUGCGGACCGCUGGCCCAGGGGCGAUUUGUUUGCAAGGGAAGUCCUGGGCGGGAUAUGCGAUGCCGAGCCGCACAUUGUCAAGAAGCAGGGCCGGUGGGUGCGUGGUGAUGCGCGUGUGGAUGAGUGGAAAAGAGGCUGGAGGAAGUUUGACUGGACACGGGUCUUGGAGGAGCCGUGA